GUGUCGCGAGGACGUGCCGAUGCCGGUCCUAUACAAUGCAACCGUCGUAACUUCGUAAAUUACAAAUGGAUACGUGUUUUAGCAAAAAUAACUAACUUAAAAUUAAAUAAUAUAAUAUUCACUAAUCUAUUAAAAUAUUUGGGUUAAUAUUUCGUCGGGUUGUUGAGAUUUUCGGGUUUUACUUUUGGAACGUGAUAUUCGGUUGCUAUUAAAAUGGAUGAGGCUUUCGCGCAUAUUGAAAGUGAUGAGAAGAAGUCUAAGAAGGGGCUGGUACCUCCAGACGGAGGUUGGGGCUAUGUGGUCGGAAUAGGAGUGGGAUUCACAUUCAUGUUGGGAUUUGGCUCUUCAAACGCUUUUGGCAUAUUAUUUCAUAAUUUCUUUUUGGAGCAAGGCAGUGCCAGUGGUCUACCAUUAGUGAUAGGAGUCUAUAAUGGAGCCCUUUCAAUAGCUGGGUUCUUAGGAGGCAUCGCUUUGAAGCGAUAUUCUUUUCGUCAGGUGGGUCUCGUUGGAGCUGGACUCUUUGUGCUUGGCGAUGUUCUCACAAUAUUCGUUCAGAAGACUUAUCAAUUAGUGUUUACAUUUGGAGUAGUAAGAGGGGCUGGUUUUGGUAUGAUGAUACCAGUUAGCUUCACCGCAUUUAACUGUUACUUCACCAAGAAAAGAACAGCUAUGAUGAGUGCCAAUCAAGCAAUGAGCAGUUUAGCGUCUAUAACCUUCCCGAUGCUGGUGACAUUCCUUCUCUCGGAGUAUGGGUUAAGGUGGACCCUCGCUUUGAUUAUGGCUGUGGACCUACAUCUAGUCUUUGCUAUGCUAGUCAUGCAUCCUGUUGAAUGGCAUAUGAUUAAAUCUGAGGAAUAUGUUGAAAAAGAAUUAAGUGAUAUAAACAGUAUUAAGAAAGAAAACUACGAUGAGUUUGCGGUAAGAAUGUUGCCAGCUGGUGAAGAUGAGACAGAAGUUAGACCUGUUAAGAAGAGAAAGAAAGAAUCAAUGAAGAUGAACAUUGUAAAAAUUAUAUGUGAAAAUGUAGAGAUGGACUUAUUAAAGGAUCCCAAGUUUGUGAGCACGCUGGUUGGACUUGGAUUUGCUUUCGUGUCCGAUGUAACGUAUUUGGCAAUGGAACCAAUGCUUCUAUUUUCAUACGGAUUUUCAAAGAUGCAGGUAGCAACGUGCGUGAUGGUCGGGGCGAUAUCUGAUUUAUUAGCAAGAUUAGUGCUUGCUGUAGUCACUUAUUUCAUUGUUGUCGACAGCCGAUUAAUUUUCUUCAUAGGCACCUGUAUAACUGUUUUUCUUCGUAUUGGUUUAGUAGCCACAAGUUCAUUGUGGGUAGUGUUUGGCAUCACUGCAGUCUCUGGGCUGGUGAGAUGUUCGGUCCAAGUAUUGUUCCCGCUGGUCCUUGUAGGUGCAGCACCGGACAGGUUCCCUGCAGCAUUAGCUCUGCACAUAUUGUUCUCCGGUACACUAAUGAUGUUAGCUGACCCCAUGAUUGGGGUGCUGUAUGAAGCUACAGGCAGCUACGUGUACUGUUUCUUCGCAAUGAGCUUCUGUUGUUUAGUCUGUGUCAUGCUGUGGAGUAUAGAAUACUUAGUCUACCGCAAAGGUAGGACGAAUAGUAAUAGAGGAUAUUAGAAAAUUUUAAUAGACUCAUAGUUUGAAGCUAAGAUUUGUGUCUAAUUAAAAACGUUUUGGUCUAAGACUAAAACUAUGUGAUUGAUCUAACUCAUACCAUGCCUUGAGUAAGACUGGCUGGGUUUAUCCGAGUGUGAUGUUCCUUAGUAGAGUACGUUUAAUUAAUAAGAUAAUAUUAUUAAUAAUGUUAUUCAUAAAUAUAUAGUUACCUUCACUUCACAUUAUUUUAAAACUUAAAUGUAGACAAUUGUACGCUAAAAUAGCUUAAAGACAAAAUUUUGUUCAUGAAUAAGAGUGUUACAAUUUUGUGUCCAAAACAUAUUUUUUUUCGUAAAUUCAUUGGAGAAUGAAGUGAAGUAAUAUUAAAAUUGACCAAAGAUUUGUAUACUUUUAAUUUAACGUGAAUUAAUCACUGCCAGUUGCAUUAAUGCAGUAAUUUAUUAGACCUACAAUACUGAAAGGCUACUAAAUUUGAAGUUGUACUUAAAUAUCGUGCCAUCUCAGUCACUUUAUAAAGAAUUUUGA